AUGUUCACUGGGCCAGGAAAUGGUUAGCCAGCAUUUGAGCUACUUAAACAUUUCGAGUCAACUACCAAGUAUCUAUUAAGAUAAAACUGGGUAAAGGGGAAAACCAAAAUUGAACUUAACUCACUCAUAAGUGAAGAUGCACCUAUAAUUAAUGUCCAGACAUUAUUUUACUUAGUUUAAAAGAUAGAAUCUGAGGGAAAGUAACAAGAAGUUGUAGCAGAAUCUAUAUUGGUAAAAAGGUUUUUCCACCAAAUGAAAAAAGAUUAUGAAAAAUAAUAUAACAACACUGAAAAAGCGAUAAAUACCUCAACUCAAUAUGAAUGUGAAGAGAAUUUCAAUAAAAAGGUGGGAAAUGAGGAAAUCAAUUCAACUAGCCAUGGGAUGAUCCAGUAAAAAAUGACUACAUAUGCUGUAUCUCAAAACUUCAAAAGCCAGUCAUAAAUCAAGUAAUCUACAUCUGCAAAGUAAACCUAGGAUCAAUUACAGAUUACCAAGCCCCAGGAAAACGAGAAACUAGCAAUAAACUCUAUCGAUCAACAUUACCGAAAAAAAAGAGAUAACAUUAGCCAAGAGUAAAUGGAAGACGCUAAUCUUGAAGACCAAAGGCGACAACGGAGGAAAAUAUGA